AUGUCUGGAGCUUCUUGUGUCAGGCUCUCCGCUCGGAUUGCGUACUGUGGGCUCUUUGCUCUGUCUCUGAUUGUGUCAUGGAUUCUUGGAGAGGUGGCUGCUCCUCCCAUGGAGAACCACCCAUGGAUCGAUCAUAAUUUCCAACAAACUCCAAACAAGGAAUGGUUUGAAACAGAUGCAGUGCUACGGGUGAACUUAGGGAACUUCCUGUUCUUCACCAUCCUAGCUGUUCUGAUGAUAGGAAUCAAGGAUGAGGACUCUCGUGAUCGCUUGCACCAUGGUGGAURGAUGACAAAAAUUGUUAGCUGGUGUCUUGUAGUAAUUUUUAUGUUUUUCCUACCGAAUGGAAUUGCCAGCUUUUAUGAGACUGUAUCAAAAUUUGGAUCCGGAUUGUUUCUUCUGGUUCAAGUGGUUAUGUUGUUGGAUUUUGUUCAUGGAUGGAAUGACAGAUGGGUCAGAAAGGAUGAACAAUUUUGGUAUAUAGCUUUGUCUGUUGUUUCACUUGCUGGCUACGUGGCAACAUUUUCCUUCUCGGGUCUGCUUUUUCAUUGGUUCACUCCAUCCGGACAUGACUGUGGGCUCAACACUUUCUUUAUUGUUAUUACCCUGAUUUUUGUGUUUGUCUUUGCAAUUGUUGCACUCCAUCCCGCGGUUGGCGGCAGCAUUUUUCCAGCUUCAGCUAUAUCAUUGUUCUGCACAUACCUCUGCUACAGUGGGCUUGCCAGUGAACCAAGAGAUUAUGAGUGCAAUGGCUUGCACCAACACUCCAAAACCGUUCCUACUGGAACAAUUAUUUUGGGGCUGCUUACUACUGUUGUCUCUGUUGUUUACUCUGCUGUACGUGCUGGCUCAUCCACAUCACUGUUCUCGGAAUCAACUUUAUCUCGUGUAGGUGAAGAGAAGCAUUUGAUUCCCUUGAACAAGACUGAUGAGGAGGAAGAAGAGGAAGAUGAAAGUAGACCAGCCACAUACUCGUAUGCCUUCUUCCAUGUCAUCUUCUCGCUUGCUAGUAUGUAUUCUGCAAUGCUUCUAACAGGCUGGUCAACCUCAGUAGGAGAGAUUGGUAAACUGGUAGAUGUGGGGUGGCCAUCUGUGUGGGUCCGGAUUGUGACAGGUUGGGCCACUGCAGCUGUUUAUAUCUGGUCUCUGGUUGCUCCCCUUUUGUUCCCAGAUAGGGAGUUCUAGUUCUGAGUGUCUCCCCAUCGAUUCAUUGGUACU